AUGAGUAAGAAAGAGAGAUGGAUACAACACUACCGCAGUUCUCAGAUGAUAUUGUUGGUUGGGGAAGGCGACUUUUCCUUUUCUGCUUGCUUAGCAAGAGCCUUCGGCUCUGCCCAUAACAUGGUCGCCACUUCUUUGGAUUCUGAAGAGACGUUAUUGAGAAAGCAUUGGAGCUGUGUGGCGCAUUUGGAUGACUUGCAGAAAAGAGGGCGCUUGCUUUUGCAUGAGAUUGACGUGCACGACAUGAACCAGCAUCCCACACUUAAAGACAUGAAAUUUGAUAUCAUCGUUUUUAACUUUCCCCAUGCUGGUCACGUCUCGUGGCUAUGUGAACAAGACGCAAUCCUCAUAGAGAGACACAAGAAUUUGCUAAGAGGAUUCUUUGAAAGUGCACUUCAAAUGCUGAAUGAAGGUGGGGAGAUUCACGUUACGCAUAGGGAUGACCAUCCUUAUAAUCAAUGGGAAGUGGAAAAGCAAGCCCAAAAGGCAGGUUUGGUUUUGAAAGAGAAAAUGGCAUUUAUUAAAGAGCGGUAUCCUGGCUACCACAAUAAGAGAGGCAGUAUUUAUAGACGGCAACAAAAAGUUCCCCAUUGA